AUGGGCACCACACUGGUGUCCGAGAGUUGCGAGCACCAGUUUGCCUCAAGCCGCGAGCACCAGUUUGCCUCAAGCCGCGACCGCUUCAUCUCCGACGCCUCGCUCACGUCCACCGGCUCAUUUUUCGACCCGAACACCCUUCUGGAGCGGCCAGCUUCGCCUGACGAGCCGCCGCUGCCACCGCCACCUGCAUACCAGGCCAGCGUCGACGGCGAAGAGGCAGCGACGCCUCCGCCGGCUCAACCGGUCGAGCCGUUCAGCAAUACCGUCGCCGACGGGCGGCAGUGGUGCUAUUGCACGCACUUCACCGUCCUCCUCACCUCGGGUGGCCUGCCGAUUGUGCAGGGCGACGGCAUCGGCAUGGCAGUCGCUGCUUGCGACGACUCGUUCAUCGUCACCGCCGUCUCGCACGGCGGCAUGGCGGCGGCGGCAAAGCUCCUGCCAGGCGAUGUGAUCUUUGAGAUUGACGAGCAGGCAAUCGUCACGAGCAGCUACCGCGCAAUCGAGCGCGCGAGGUCGGCGCUCCUGCUCGCUUCGUCCCGGCCGGUGCAGCUGAGCGUGCGCCGCGUCAAGCAGCCGUUUGAGGGCCCAAACUCCGAGCCGGCAACGCCUCGCACGUGGUCCCGCAGCUCGUCCGGCAGCGCGCUACGCCGCCUGUCCUCGACGCCCGCUUUCCUGCGACGAAGCCGCUCCUCUCGCCUCCAAGACUCGUCGCAGCGCGACUCGGCACGAGAGGACCUCGCGAUCCGUGCCGAGGCGCAGCGCCGCGCCUUUGCUGCGCGCACCUUCCUCGAGCGGCAGGAGCUCGAGGUUGCGCUGGCGUCGUCGUGCUACGAUGAGGCGUGCACUCAGCCCGGGGAGGCCACUCGCGAAGACGGCGCCGAGCGGGAGGAGCUCGAGACGGCGAUGGAGAUGUCAGAGCAAGAGACCGCGAUCAACGACGCGAUCGACCGGUCCCUCUCGUCCGCGCAAGAGCAGGUGGAGCAAGCGACCGAGGAGAAGGCGGCCAUGGACGAGGCGAUCGCGCGCUCCAUCUCAUUUGCGCGGCGGGCGUCGAUCAAGCAGAGCGAGUCGGAGUGGGAGGAGGCGGCUACGAUGCGCAUCGCGCUCUCACGCUCGCGGUGCGCCCUCGUCGAGGAGGAGGAGGAUGGAGAAGAGGACGCGGCUUCGACCUCAGGUGGCAGAUUCGCGGCGCUGUGCCGCCAGAGGGAGAAGUCGAACCUACCAAACGCUCGCAGCCGCCUCGAGGGGGCGAUGCGGAACCAAGACGAUGCGGCGGCAGCGGUGCGCCCUCGGUCGGGCAGCGUGUACCGCUCGCAAACGGAGUGGUGCAUGGACCAGCUCUCUCGCCCGUCGCUCGUCGAAUCGGCCCGCGACUCCGAGAGCGAGGAAUAG